UCAAUCAACCCUCAGCCAACAUUUCAUACAAUUGAGGAUAUUUAUGAAGUUCAGCUGGACACUGAUAGAGGAGUAAAGGAGAAAAUUAGAAUUUUUGAUACUGCUGGUGUGGAAUCAAGUACUGGAGAGCUUUCUAAACACUAUCUUAAUCUGGCGGAUGGAUUUCUUCUUGUCUUUAGUGUGACUUCAAAGAAAUCCUUUCAGCAGAUUCAAGCCAUCAAGAAAGAAAUAGACAGAAACAGGGGAAAAGAUUUCCCAAUUGUUGUUGUGGCAACUAAAGCUGAUAUAAAGAAUGAAAGAGAGUGUGAAUCCUCCGUCAUCAAAAAGUGGGCUGAGGCAGAGAAAGUUCGCCUGACAGAACUUAAUGUUGGAGACAGGAAAGCCCUCCAGGAUCCCUUUGUGCAGAUAACUACAAGGAUGGUGUCAUGUGCUGGUAAGGGUUAUCUCCAGUCAAGCCACUCAGAAGUGAAGCGAUUUCUGUCCAUGCGUAAAACCAGCAAAACAAUGUCUGCUUCCAAGGACUCUGGUCUUGAUGUCACAAAGGAAUAGCUUUUCAUCUCAAAUUGAAAUUAUAAGGGUUCUCCAAGCAGGAAGUCUCUUUACGAAUAUGGUAUCAGAAAAUAGACAGGCCAUGGUGACUUGCUCCUCUGUGAAACAGAUUGUCUUAGCAGACCACUACACGAUGUUUUCACUGUCUGCUCAGGACACAUGCUUCAACAGUCAGAGAAAUGAAUUGAGUUGAGUCCAGUUGAAUUGUCGCUGGAAACCUGUUUUGAAGAAAGGGCAGAAGCUGAGGUUGCUUAGCCACGUGGGGUAUUCUGUUGAUGAUAUCCAUGGUGAUGUGCCAAAUUUUGGUACUGGUUCCUGCAGGAGCUUUAAAUUUCCCAGAUGCCUGGGGGAGGUACUCCCUUAUAUGG